GAAAUGUAUGGCAAUAGAAAGCAGAGUGUAUGAUCUAGGUAUGAUUUGUGGUGAGAUUGGCAGUACUGUUUUUAAGUCAAUUAACGGGUGCAACAACUUGAUUUGAAUACAAAAUUGGAACAUUACAAAAUGCUGUCUAGUAAAGUAUAUGUAUUGUUUAAAAAAUAUAUCAGUGAACAUGAUACAAUAUAUAGUUUAUAGUAGUGUACUUUUAAAAUUUCUGUUAUUACUUUAUAAUUCUACAUAUCAUUCUGUCCAGGAUGGAAAAUGAUAUUAAUAAAAAUGAACGAUUGAAACUACAUGUUGAAAGCCGGAACAACGUUAUUUCUGAAUUACAAUGUGCAUAUGCGAAAUAUUCGUACCGUAACUCAUGCGAAUUAGGAAAUUUUACAAGUAGUUUAUCAGAAACAGAUGGAAAAUUGUAUUCUUCUAUCGUCGAGGAUCUUUUGAUAGAAAUGAAUGGAAGAGAAUUACAAAAAUUUAGUGAUAGUAAUAAUACAGGCUGUUGUCGGUGUAAACAUUUGUUGAAUAUUCCUCGAGAUCUUAUUCAAACUUCUGAGAAGAUAUCGGAUUAUACGGAAGAAUGUGUGGAUGACUUAAAUUUUGUGCAAAGUAUGGUCUGGUUAAAGUCAGCCACAAUGUUUAUGAAAACUAUUUCCGUCGAACAAUUUCAUUCGGUAUUUUAUAAACAGUGGAAGAACACAGGAAAAGAUUUUAAUCUUUAUAGUCGAAACUUAAUGUCUGAUAUUGAAGAGGACGAUCAUAAAAAUUUGAGUAAUUCAUUAAAUGAUGAUCAACAGAAUGAUACGAAUUUCGACGUUGAUUCAGAGUAUAUUAGUAAUACUGAUCCAUCACGCGAUGUACACAAUGAAAAACAUAAGGCAUUGCAACCUUAUCACCAACAAAUAAAUCAAGAAACUGGAAUUUUCACCGAAAAAGGAGCCAGUCCCCUUUUUACUUCUUCUCAAAGUCUUGAUAGAUUCUUCAAUGUACAACCUUGCAUGCAUCCAGAUAUUACUAUGAAAAAUUAUAUCAUUCAAGAUUCAGACGAAGAGUGCUCUUCUGUUUCUGACAUAAUUAAAGAUUCUCUGGAAAGUCAAAAUACUAAUAACAUAGUACGAAACGAGAAAGAUAAAAAAUUAUUCGAAGAAAGCGAUUUUAUCAAGGAAAAAUCGGCAGAAGAAUUAUUUUCCGAGGACAGCGAUGUUUUAAUGAGAACUUUAUUCGGAACGAGAGAUAAUCUAACUGUUGCUUCAGACGAUAAGGAUUUUUCAGACAUUAUUUUAUCUAACAAAAAUUAUUCAUCAUAUAAACAGAAUUGUAGUCAGUUAAGAGAACAAUUAAUUUCAAAAUCGAAUAAGCAGAUAAUGAAACCAUUGACACAAACUUGUGAUUCGAAUUUUUUCAAUGAAAGUCCUAUAAUUUCACCGAAUCGGAUUAAUAACGCAUGCUCGCUUCAAGAAGACAGCGCUUACGAUACUUAUCAAUUAAGUGCAGAAUGGUUACCAACGAUGAAUUGCAUUUAUAAUGAAGAUAUUAGUAUCUCGCCUAGUCAAAAAAUUGCUAAUAUUACUCCUUAUGAAAAAAAAGAUAUCGUGAAUUACACGCAUGAUCUGGAGUCUCUUACCAUAGAUAUGACAGAGAAAAAUUGGACUUCCAAACAAAAUUUAUCUGGUUCACAACAAGAAAACGAUAAAAACAUAAACAAUGACGGUGAAGAAUUGUGUGUGCAGAAUAGACAAAAAUAUAAAAUUUUGAUCGAAGAUGCAGAAUACGAAAGAAGUAGCAGUAAGAGAAAGAAACUAAAAUCUGUCCAUGAAACGACUAUAUCUAAGGCUAACAAAAAAGAAGAGAAGAAAAUUUCUUCGAAAUGGUUGAAAUUUACGCUUGAUACUCUAAAUGUGGACGACAUUGCUUUUGAGUCGAUAAAGGCGAUUCUUAUGGUUCUCCAAAAUGAGAGAAUAACGAAACAAUAUAUGAGAAAAAGAUGUUGGAAAGAUACUUUAGAAGAACAGGCUGUAAACGCGAUAUUGGAUUACUGUGACGUUUCUGAAGCUGAAAAUAAAACUAAUGAGUAUACGCAAGAAAUUGUGCAGGUAGUGACUGAUAUCCUGGAUAAAAGUAUAGGAACUAGUGAGUUUAACAAGGUUACAAUACUGACUCAUCAGAUUUCCAUUAUUUUACAACUAUGCAGUUCUAUGAAAGUUUGUGUCGAGAUAAUAAAUUACUUAACUGCAAAAUUAAAAUGUUACGGAAAUAUUUUAAUCUCUCUGAUAAAUAACAAAAAAGCCGAUGUACAUAGUGUAAUAAAUCAAUUACAUAUUAUCUUUUAUACUUUAAAUUUUUGCUUACAAAAAUAUCGAGCAGUUUUCUGUAAUAAAGAAAAUAAUCAACUUGAAAAAGAAGAAGUAAUACCACCUGUCGUCGAUUUAUGGAAAAAACAAUUAAAUUUCGAAGUAAUUGCUACGGAAAAUUUUGUUCAAUUUGCAAAAAAGGCGCAAAAAUUAGUCAAUUUAUUGACAUAUGAAUAAAUGAUUUCGUUUUAAGUGCACCAUUUUAAACGCAAUUUUAGUAUAUUGAGAUAUAUACCAG